AUGGCUGUUACAAAUGAGGAAGUAAAAACUGCAGGUAAAAUUGUUAGAAGAGUUUCAAAUAUUGAAGCUUUUGAUAAAAGUGGAACAGUUUUUAAGGGAUAUCAAGUAUGGACUGAUAUUUCUCCAUCAAUUGAAAAAGAUCCUAAUAUUAUGUUUGUUAAAUGUGUUGUACAACAAGGGUCUACAAAAGAAAAAUUAACUGUUGUUCAAAUUGAUCCUCCAGGACAAGGAACUCCAUAUGAAAUUGCAGCAACUCAUGCAUGGAAUUGUAAUUCACAAGUAGAUCCUAUGUCGUUUGGUGAUAUAGGUUUAUUAAAUCACACAAAUAUUCCAUGUGUACUAGAUUUUUUAAAGCAAAGGUAUUUAAAAAACCAAAUAUAUACCACAGCUGUUCCACUUAUUGUUGCAAUAAAUCCAUAUAAAGACUUAGGGAACACAACUAAUGAAUGGAUUCGUAAGUAUCGUGAUACAGUGGAUUAUUCUAGAUUACCACCACAUAUUUUUUCAAGUGCAAGAGAAGCUCUUUCAAAUCUUCAUGGUGUUAACAAGAGUCAAACUAUUAUUGUUUCAGGUGAAUCUGGUGCAGGAAAAACAGAAGCAACAAAACAAAUUAUGAGAUAUUUUGCUUCAUCAAAAAGUGGAAGCAUGGACUUACGUAUACAAACAGCAAUUAUGGCAGCUAAUCCUGUUCUUGAAGCUUUUGGAAAUGCCAAAACCAUAAGAAAUAACAAUUCAUCACGUUUUGGUCGUUUCAUGCAACUGAUUAUAUCCCACGAAGGAGGUAUUAAGAAUGGUUCCGUAGUUGCUUUUUUAUUAGAAAAAUCAAGAAUCAUAACCCAAGAUGAUAAUGAAAGGUCAUACCAUAUCUUUUAUCAAUUUCUUAAGGGUGCAAAUAAUAACAUGAGAUCUAAAUUUGGUUUGAAAGGUAUUAAAGAUUACGCACUUUUGAAUCCUAAUUCAACAGAAGUAGAUGGUGUGAAUGAUAAAAAGGAUUUUGAAGAAGUUCUUGAAUCAUUAAAAAAUAUGGAUUUAAGUGAUGAACAAAUAGAAGUAAUUUUUUCCAUUGUAGCUGGUAUUUUAACAUUGGGAAAUGUUAAAUUAAUUGAAAAAGCAGAAUCUGGUUUAACUGACGCCGCAGCUAUUAAUGAUGCAGAUAUGCAAACAUUCAACAAAGCAUGUGAAUUAAUGUUUCUAGAUCCAGAAUCAGUAAAGAAAGAACUAUUAAUUAAAAUAACUGUAGCUGGUGGAAAUAAAAUUGAAGGAAGAUGGAAUAAAAAGGAUGCAGAAGUGUUGAAAUCAUCUCUAUGCAAAGCUAUGUAUGAAAAAUUAUUUUUAUGGAUCAUUAAGCAUCUAAAUAGUAGAAUUGAACCAAAAGAUGGAUUUAAAGUAUUUAUGGGUAUGUUAGAUAUAUUUGGUUUUGAAGUAUUUAAAAACAACUCACUUGAACAACUAUUUAUUAAUAUCACAAAUGAAAUGCUUCAAAAAAAUUUCAUUGAUAUUGUUUUUGAAAGAGAAUCUAAAUUAUAUAGAGAAGAAGGAAUUUCAACAGCUGAAUUGAAGUAUACAAGUAACAAAGCAGUAAUUGAUGUACUUUGUGAUAAAGGAAAAUCUGUGCUUUCAUAUUUAGAAGAUCAAUGUCUUGCACCUGGAGGAACAGACGAAAAAUUUGUUAGUGCUUGUACUACAAACCUAAAAGGAAACGAUAAAUUUACUCCCGCUAAAGUUGCAUCAAAUAGAAAUUUUAUAAUACAACACACUAUAGGUCCAAUUCAAUACUGUGCAGAUAAUUUUUUACUUAAAAACAAAGAUGUUUUAAGAGCAGAACUUGUAGAACUAAUCAACAAUUCUGAAAAUGAAAUAGUAAAACAGUUGUUUGAAGGACAAAUCAUAGAAAAAGGUAAAAUGGCUAAGGGAUCUUUAAUAGGUUCCCAGUUCUUAAAUCAAUUAACAUCAUUAAUGGCAUUAAUAAAUAGUACAGAACCACAUUUUAUCCGUUGUAUUAAACCAAAUGAGAACAAAAAACCUCUGGAGUGGUGUGAACCAAAAAUAUUAAUUCAGCUUCAUGCAUUAUCAAUUUUAGAAGCACUUGUUCUACGUCAAUUAGGAUAUUCAUAUAGAAGGUUAUUUGAAGAAUUCUUAUAUCAAUUUAAAUUUGUAGACAUUGCCAUUGCUGAAGACGAAUCUCUUGACUGUAAAACAAGAUGCAUGAAGUUAUUGGAUGCAUCAGGAAUUCCUAAGGAUAUGCUUAAAAUUGGAAAAACAAUGGUGUUUUUGAAACAAGAUGCAGCAAAAUUAUUAACCAAAAUCCAAAGAGAAAAACUAAUAGAAUGGGAAAAAUGUGUAUGUGUUAUUGAAGCUGCAAUUCUUAAACAUAAGUAUAAACAAAGAGUUAAUGAAAAUAUUCCUUCACUUAUUAGGGUUCAAGCUCAUAUAAGAAAAAGAUUAGUUGCAUAA